AUGCGUUUGAUGCGUCGCUGGCCGUUUGUCUCCUUUCUGGCCGGGGCCGCUGUCCUGGCGGGCCGCGCGCUGGCCGCGCAUGACCAGCUGGAUGCAGAUGUUAUUAUCAUCGGGGCAGGUCAAGCAGGGAUGGCAGCAGCAUACCAGCUCCGGAAGAGAGGAUUGACUGUUCGAGUUCUAGAGGCCACCGAUCAUGUUGGCGGGCGCACGCGCAACAUUGACGUGGCAACAGGGAAGAUGGAUGUGGAGACAGAUGAUGUGAUUGAAGUUGGUGGUACCUGGUUAAGUCCCGCGCACUCUGCGGCAUUGGAGCUUUGCCGCGAGCUGGGGAUCGAGGUGUACAACGCUAGCUUCGUCCCUGACCUCGAAGUGGCAUCCGGUCCCAAGGAAGAGAUGCCAUGGUGGUAUUGGGGGUCAGACUACCCCACCGAACAGAGGCAUCGGCUCAAAAGGUCGAUUGUCCAUACUUCUACUGGCCGACACUUCUACACCACAGCGAGCGAUCUCCAGGCCGCUUUCCCAUCUCAGUCAGCGGCUUCCUUGAAGAGGGUUGGAGAGUUCAUUGAUGGAAGAGCAGCAGGAAUCAGCGACAGGUGCUGGCUUGCCAGUGGAAUGUCUCGUGCAUGGAGGGAAGCAGAUGCUGACACCACCUGGGGUGCUCUGGGUGGGAAGCUGGAGGGCAAGGAUGCCGAGCAAGUGCUGAGAAACUGCAUCCACGGGAAGAAUGCCCAGGAGCCAGAAGCAGUGUCAUUCUUGUACAACCUGCUCUCCUUCAAAG